AGAGAGAGAGAGAGAGAGAGAGAGAGAGAGAGAGAGAGAGAGAGAGAGAGCGCUCCUCAGCUCACCUUCCAUGAAAAAAACCCUAAAAUUGUAUCUCCUGACCAUGACUAAUAUAACUACAACCGGUGUCACCUUAAACAUCAAAUCCUGCAGAACCAAGUUUGCUCAUAGAUUUGUUCGAUCCCUCUUGCAAAUCAGAAACCAUGCUCCGCCCAGUUCAUCGUCGUCUUCAGAGGAAAAACUGAUCCAAAAGCGCAGGCAGAGAAUAAAGAUAGCAGCUUAUUUAUCCAUGGCUCAUGCUGUUGGGCCAAGGAUGAACUGGAGCAGGGCUCUUCUCUUUAAGCUUCGAAACCGGGCCUGCAGGCACCGUAAGAAGAAAAGGAUUGUUGUGAUCAGAAGGAGGACUAAAAAGGCCUCAAGAUCAUCACAGGGAUCGGUUCCUGUGGAUCAAGCAAAAAAGCUUCGGCGGCUCGUUCCGGGGGCCAAGUCCAUGGAUUUGUGCAGCUUGCUGGAGGAAACUGCUCACUACAUAACAUGCCUUUCCACGCAGAUUAAGGUGAUGCAGGCUUUAGCUGAUCAUCUUUCUAAAUGAGACAGAAAUCAAAGAAGCGGAAGGAAUGAAAUUAUUGAUACAUACAGAUGAUACAGGUGAGUGUUGUGUGGGGGGUAAGUGUAUAUAUAUAUAUAUAUAUAUAUAUAGUUUUGGUUUACUGCAUAUGCUCGAACUCAAAUUUGGUUUACUGCAUGACUAGUAUAUAUAUAUAUAGUUAUUUGAAUUUAAAGAAGGAUGUGUAAACUCUGACUUGAAAUUAAUGUACGGAUUGAAUAUUUUGUAUAUACAAUAUUCAAACAUCACAUAUACCUAAAUUCUGACUUGUAUAAAGUUAAAGCCAGAGGCUCUCAUUUAAGUUAACAUCUCUCUCUC